AGGCUCGAGAAACUGCAGACGGGUCGUGCAUCCGGCCUCGCGUGUCUGCCAAGAUGACUGCUCAUUUGAAGAAGAAUCGCAAGAUGCACGCACAUCGAAAGAGAGGUCAUGGCCGAAUCGGAAAGCACCGCAAGCAUCCUGGCGGUUGCGGUAACUCAGGUGGUCAGCACCACCACCGUAUCAACUUCGAUAAGUACCAUCCGGGCUACUUUGGAAAGGUUGGCAUGCGGAACUUCCAUCUCAUCAAGCAUGGCAAGGUCAUCCCCACCAUCAACGUGGAGCGCUUGUGGUCGCUGGUGUCAGAGCGGACGCGCGAAUAUUACAAGGACAAGACCGACAAGGCCCCAGUGAUUGAUGUGAUGAAGGCCGGUUACAUGAAGGUGCUGGGCAAGGGCCAGCUGCCGGAACAGCCUGUCAUCGUGAAGGCGCGCUACUUUACCAAGGAGGCAGAAGAAAAGAUCAAAGCUGCAGGUGGCGUGUGUGUUCUUUGCGCCUAAGCCCCAAGAGGAUGCUACGAAAACAAGUCACGAGCCUGUGCUGCGGAAA